UCCGGUUUAGUCCAGCUAGACGCAAUACCCACCUCCACUCAUCCAACAUGGCUGGCCAGGAAGACCCAGUGCAGAGAGAAAUCCACCAAGACUGGGCCAACCGGGAGUAUAUCGAAGUGAUCACAAGCAGCAUCAAGAAAAUUGCCGACUUCCUUAACUCUUUUGACAUGUCAUGUCGAUCUCGUCUGGCUACGCUCAAUGAGAAGUUGACGGCCUUGGAGAGGAGAAUCGAAUAUAUUGAAGCAAGAGUGACGAAAGGAGAAACCUUGACUUAAACAUCAUUAUGGAACAUUGCAGCAUCCCAUUGCUACUUUUCCAUCUCCCGCUAUCCCAGAUAAUCUUUUUUUAUUUGUUUGUGAUAGACUGCACCCUUCGUUUUGCUCAUUUAUUUUAAAAGCUGUAUUCUUAGUUUUGCUUGUUUGCAUCUGAUGUCAUCACCAUUUGUAUUCAGCUCUGUCUUGGGUGUCUUGUUUCCCUGACAUGGCAUUUUUAAGAAAUUACCUUCAAAAAGGUUCUAACAUUUUGUGCACUUUGGUUUUCAUGUGGUAAAGGAUUGAAUUUUACACUAUGUCAAUAACACAGCACGGAAUUGGGGAACAUUCUCUUGUGCCAAGUUGAAUAAGUCUUGUUUGUAUGGUCUUUUAUUAAGGACUUGUGUGUACAAUGUACUCUUUGGUCAUGUGUCAACAUUAAAAUACUGUAAUAAAAAACCAAC